UAAAUAAAUAUAAAUACAAAAAUAUAAUUUCGCAUAUAAAGAAAAAACCAAUUAAGCAAAAAAUUGCAGAGACAAGAAAAAACUUAAGUGAAGAACUCAUUAAAAAAAAGCGCCCAAGUCACGGCCCGCAAACAAAAAGUACAACAAAUAACAACAACAACAACAGAAAGCAGCCGCAAGAAGCGCAGCUUGUGAAGUGAAGCAGCAAAAGCUGCCACGCCCCGUCAGCCAGCCGCCCGCCCAAUUGCCACAGCAGUCAAGACUGAGCUUCGGACGUUUUAUCGAAAAAUUUCCAAGAAACUUGAAGUGCCACAAAACGCCGCGCAAGACAGAGACAAGCCAGUGAGAGCGAGACAGACACAGAGCGAGAGUGAGAAAGAGAGAUAGCGAGAGAGAUAGAGAGAGAGACAGAGGCAGUGUGAACGAAAGAGACACGCAUAGUGUGUGAAAGAGUACGGUAGAGUUUCAAAAACUCCGCAGCGCAAAGCGAUACGUCUUUUUUUUUCAAGUGUACGGCUAGGUUUAUUUUUUUUGUGUGCCCGUGUCUGUGAGAACAAGAGCAACAACUGUGAUGGGAGAUCGGCCAAAGGCGACAACAACAACAUCAGGAGCAGCAGCAGCAGCAGGUGUAGGAACUAGUGAAGCAGCUAUCAUGGCAGCAACCGCUCCGGAAGGUCCCGCCCAAGCCAACGGGAAUGGGAAUGGCAACGGCAAUGGCAACGGUAACGGCAACGGCAACGGGAACGGCAGUGGCAAUGGCAACGGCAAUGGAGGCGCUGAUCCGCCCCAGCAGCUGGGUCAGGUGGAGGUGCAUGUACCAGCUACGGCUACAUUGCCGCCGCCGUCGCCUGGCCAAGUGGAUGCAGAUGGCGUGGAUGCAGCUGGUGCCAGCGCUGCUGGCGAUGCUGGUGAUGAUGCGACCACUGGGGCAGCCGCCAGCUCAUUGCCGCCGUCGGAAAUUGGCGGACGUCCGCCGUUGGAUACCGCCUGCUCGGAUGGCGGUGGCGCCUCCAGCUUGGCCGGCGGCAUUGUGGGACCGCCCAGUCCGCUAACCGGCUGCUAUCUACUUAUUGUAAUGGGCGAGCCGCACUCCGAGGAGCACAAGGACAACAUCUUGCAGCAUCUGCUCAAGGGUUUCCUCUCCUGGGACGUAUCCGAUUGUCAUGUCGACUUGGAGGAGGAGCUCAAUACAAUAACACAACAUGCACCCGAGGGCGAGGAAGCGCGUCACGGUGAGCGACUAAUACAGUAUGCCAGCGAGAAUCUUGUGACGGAGGUGCUCAUACAUCCGCAGUAUAACACGCUUAUACAAUGUAUGCGCAAUCUACUAAGCAGUUUUACGCGGCAUCGUCACAUUAUACACGCCGGGUAUACCUUUAGCGGCAACGGUUCUUGGAUCCUACAGGAUGGCACCUUCUCGGUGGCUGACUUUGCGGAGGCAUUUCAAGAGCACGACGUACAAAGGGUAAUACGCGCCUAUGCGGAUACCAUAACGAUGAAUAUACACUGCGCAGAUGCUGGUCUGUGGCACACGUUGCCGGAUAAGGUUUUUUCACGCCAGUGUAAAAUACGCAUCAAUCCGGUAGAUGUCCUGGACACCAGUAGCGAGUACAUUAACGGCUUUAUAGACUAUCUGGCGCCAAUGCUGGUGCCAACUUCGUUGCGUGAGUUGCUGGAGACGUCCGAUGUGGUGGGCAAUAUACGUUUUACGCACCCCACUCUCUAUGUAUUUCCCGGUGGUCAGGGUGACGCCGCCCUCUUUGGCAUCAAUGGUUUUAACAUGCUGGUUGAUGGCGGCUUUAAUCGUAAGGCUUGUUUCUGGGACUUUGCACGUCAUUUGGAUCGCCUUGAUGCGGUGCUGAUGACGCGUCUGAACAACAGCAAUGUCCAGGGUCUUGGUGCUGUGGUGGCACGUAAGCGGGACUCCCACGUCUAUCCACAGAUCGGGCAUUUCUUUGGCAACGUUCCCGAUCGGAAGGGUGGCCUGCCCAGUCCUGAUGGUGAUAAGGAUCGUAAUCCGCUGCUCAUCGAUCUUUUUGAGCGCGGCCAUGGUCUCGUCAAUGAUCUAAAAUCGCUUGACCUCAAGCCGCAGUGCUGUUAUCGCAAUCAGGAGCCUAUUAAUCUGUACCACAAGGUCGGCCACGGAACCCUCGACAUGUAUGUGAUAAGCCCUUCGCGGGAUUCCAAAGAGGUCAAGGACUUUUUGCAGAAAUGGAAUGCAGGUGAUCAGCGUUUGUUUGCCGCACGCGACACCAAGGAGUUUAACUUCCCCUUGCAGAAUUUGGUAUCUAUCUGCGCGUUGCUUGUCUGGCAGCCAGCUAAUCCGGAUGAUACCAUAACCCGCAUCCUUUUUCCUGGCAGCACACCAGAUUUUAAGAUCCAGGAGGGUCUGGAGAAGCUCAAGCAUCUUGAGUUUAUGAAGCACUCAACAUGCACGGCCAAGUCUAUAGCCCCAGCUAUACAGACCGUGACCAGCACCAGAAAGACACUUAAAUCUGCCAUUGAGGGCACUCCACCCAGCGCCAGUUACAAGCCUAGCAAAUUCGGUCCAACAGCUAUCGCCGCUGUCGCUGUGCAGCAGGACAAUAAGGCCAAGGAAGCUAAGGAAGCAGCCGCAGCUGCAGUGGCGGCUACAGCAUCAGCAGUUUCAGCGGAAACAUCCGGCGAACAAGUGGACCGAUCUGCACCACUUGUUAGUGCCAAAGCGGACUCCGUAGACACAGAUGAGCCAGAGGCUGAGCCCGAGCUCGCUGUCGACACUGGCGAUGAGGGAGCGCCCGAGCCAUCCGUUCCCUCGACAGAGCCUGCCGAGCAGGAAGACAACAAGGAUGCUGAUGAAGAGAAAAAAGUGGAGGUGUUGAUUGUCAAGCCACAGCCGUCAACUGCGCCAGUUAAGGAUGCAGUUGACGCCCCCCCUACGGAGGCUGCUAGCAAGACAGCAAAGGCCACCAAAGGCAAGCCAGACAAGCCACGAGCGGAAGUCAAGCCAGUUGUACGGUCAAGAAUUGACAGCAAACCGCCCAAGUCCAUGGACCGGAAGCUGGUUAAGCGUGAGGAUAAAAAGAGUUCGCCUACCGCCACGCCAGCUGUAAGCCGAACGCCUGCUACACGUGAUAUCAAGCCGAAAAUAAUAACACGCACCACCAAGUCGAGUCCCAGCAGCACACCUGCUAAGAGUGCCAAGGAGGCCAACAACCGCAAGGUGCUUGAGUCCAAGCAGCAGGCGACGUCGGCGCGGCAGACUACUACCAGCACACGUCGCACUGUUAGCACCAUGGAAAAGAAGUCGCAACAGGUCGAGUCGAAAACAUCGCAGCACACAACGACACAGGCAGCGCAGCGCAAGCCUAUCUCACGAAGGCCACGUGGGGUAUCACCUUCCAAGCGGGCUCCAGCGCCAGGCAGCCCAAUUAAAUCAGCAAAGCCCAAGCCGGAUUUAAAGAAGUCGCGUCUGGAUAAGGGCGGCACCACAGAUUCCAGCCUGGUAUCCACACCGUCGGCGGAUGAGGCGACAGCAGCCAAAAAGAUGCUAGAGUUAAGCGCCUCGCAAGAGCUGGAUGCGGAAAAGCAACGUGAGUUGGACGAUCUAAAGGAGGAGCAGGAAGUGGUACGCGAAAUUGAAGCUGUGUUUAGUCGAGACGAGAUGAAGCGACAACACUUGAUCAAGGCGGAGCUGCGCGAGAUGGCCAAGCAGGACAGCACAACGGAAGCCGAGGAAGAAGAAGAAUACUUGAUUAUUGAAAAGGAAGAGGUCGAGCAGUACACUGAGGACUCAAUUAUUGAACAAGAGCAGGAGAGCAGCAUGACAAAGGAGGAGGAGAUUCAAAAGCAUCAACGCGACUCGCAGGAAUCAGAAAAAAAGCGUAAGAAAAGCGCCGAGGAGGAAAUCGAAGCGGCAAUCGCCAAGGCUGAAGCAGAGGAGCGCAAGGCUCGUCUGGAGAGUAGCGAUGCGGCGAGACAUGAGAUGCACGAACAGCUGGCAACAACCGAAAAAACAGAAAUCAAGGCUGAGGUUCAAGAGAUCAUAUCCACUGCCAAGGACCUUGUAAAGUCCCGCACUGAAGAGCAACUGCCGCAAGCAAAACAAGUUGAGGAGGAGUUCUCUUCUCCGACGCCCGACGAUAAGCUCAGCAGUGCCAAGAAAACGUCAGAUACUAAAGACGAACCGAUCGAAGCUCCCGAGGCGCUGCCUAUAAACUUACAAGAAAGUCUUCCAGAGGAGAAAUUCUCGGCCACCAUCGAAUCGGGAGCUACUACAGCACCCACCUUACCAGAAGAUGAACGAAUUCCGUUGGACAAAAUCAAAGAGGACUUGGUCAUCGAGGAGAAAUAUGUCAAAGAGGAAACCAAGGAGAUAGAAACUAUUGUUGUGGCUACUGUUGCAGUUCCCAUCGCAGCAGUAGCAGCAUCAACCAUCAUCGCAACAACCGAAACCAAAAUUGAGGUUACUGAGCCGCUUGCCACCGGCGUGGACUCUGCGGAACGUAUAUUACCCAAGAAAAUGACAUUUGAAGCCCAACAGAGUCUGAUGCGUGAUGUUAUCAAGACACCCGACGAGGUUGCAGAUUUGCCGGUUCAUGAGGAAGCUGACUUAGGGCUGUACGAGAAGGAUACGCACGAUGCUGGCCCCAAGAGUAUUUCACACAAAGAAGAGACGGCCAAAGAGGAGAAAGAGACCGAAGAUGAAAAGGAAGUCAAGGAAAUGGAAGCAGCAGAUGAUGCGGACCAUGUGUCUGAGCCAAAACAGGAGAUUUUGGAAAACAUUAUUGCGAAAACAGAGAUUACCGCUAAACUUGAAUCUGACGAACAAAAAACUGAGGUAGCCGUUGUUAAAACAACCGAAAUUGUAAGUAAUGCUAUUUCGGAGAGCUAUAAUAUAGAGGUGGACCUUGAAAAACCGACUGAUAAAGCAAACAAACAAUUGGCAAUUACACCAGAUGAAAAAGAAGCCAGCGAAAUAACUUCUGAAGAUGAAUUGCCAGCGCAUCUUGUGCAACCCAUCGUCGCACCAACAAAAGUUAAAGACCGAGAAGACACUGUAUCUCUCGAGAGCCCCGCAACAAUUGAAGAAGCAAUUGAAGUUGAAAUUCAUAUUUCCAAAGAAGAAACACAAAAGCAAGCACCUUUAGUAGCCGAAGAGUCUAGUGAGGACAAAUUAAAACCAGAGCUCAUUACGGCUGUCAAAUUACUUCCAGACUCCAAAGAAACCUUAAAAACCGGAUCGGACGAGCAUGAAAAGCCAGAAAAUAUAAAAGACAAAAAGUCAACAGAGCCUUCGCGACGUGAAUCAGUUGCGGAGAGUUUGAAACCAGAAAUUCAGAAGGAUGAACAGUCUCUACCUGCAUCUAAGGAAGCAUCACGACCCGGUUCCGUGGUAGAAAGUGUAAAAGACGAGCACGAGAAACCAGAAAGUGUUAAGGACGAAAAGUCUACAGAGCAAUCACGACGUGAAUCAGUUGCGGAGAGUGCGAAACCAGUAAGCCUGAAGGAUGAAAAGUCUCUACCUGCAUCUAAGGAAGCCUCACGGCCCGGUUCCGUAGCAGAAAGUGUGAAAGACGAACACGAGAAACCAGAAAGUGUUAAGGACGAAAAGUCGACAGCGCCUUCACGGCGUGAAUCAGUUGCGGAGAGUGCGAAACCAGAAAGCUUGAAGGAUGAAAAGUCCCUACCCACAUCUAAGGAAGUAUCACGACCCAGUUCCGUAGCAGAAAGUGUUAAAGACGAGCACGCUAAACCAGAAAGUGUCAAGGACGAAAAGUCUACAGGGCCUUCACGACGUGAAUCAGUUGCGGAGAGUGCGAAACCAGAAAGCUUGAAGGAUGAAAAGUCUCUACCUCCAUCCAAGGAAGCAACAAGACCCGGUUCCGUAGCAGAAAGUGUUAAAGAUGAUCACGAUAAACCAGAAGCUGAAAAGGACGAAAAGUCUACAGCAACUUCACGACGUGAAUCAGUUGCGGAAAGUGCGAAACCAGAAAGCUUGAAGGAUGAAAAGUCUCUACCUGCAUCUAAGGAAGCAACACGGCCCGGUUCCGUGGCAGAAAGUGUAAAAGACGAGCACGAAAAACCAGAAAGUGUCAAGGACGAAAAGUCUACAGAGCCUUCACGACGUGAAUCAGUUGCGGAGAGUGCGAAUCCAGAAAGCUUGAAGGAUGAAAAGUCUCUACCUCCAUCCAAGGAAGCAACAAGACCCGGUUCCGUAGCAGAAAGUGUUAAAGACGAUCACGAUAAGCCAGAAGCUGUAAAGGACGAAAAGUCAACAGAGCCUUCACGACGUGAAUCAGUUGCGGAGAGUGCGAAACCAGAAAGCUUGAAGGAUGAAAAGUCCCUACCUGCAUCUAAGGAAGCAUCACGGCCCGGUUCCGUGGUAGAAAGUGUGAAAGACGAGCACGAUAAACCAGAAAGUGUCAAGGACGAAAAGUCGACAGCGCCUUCACGACGUGAAUCAGUUGCGGAGAGUGCGAAACCAGAAAGCUUGAAGGAUGAAAAGUCCCUACCUGCAUCUAAGGAAGCAUCACGGCCCGGUUCCGUGGUAGAAAGUGUGAAAGACGAGCACGAUAAACCAGAAGCUGUAAAGGACGAAAAGUCAACAGAGCCUUCACGACGUGAAUCAGUUGCGGAGAGUGCGAAACCAGAAAGCUUGAAGGAUGAAAAGUCCCUACCUGCAUCUAAGGAAGCAUCACGGCCCGGUUCCGUGGUAGAAAGUGUGAAAGACGAGCACGAUAAACCAGAAAGUGUCAAGGACGAAAAGUCGACAGCGCCUUCACGACGUGAAUCAGUUGCGGAGAGUGCGAAACCAGAAAGCUUGAAGGAUGAAAAGUCCCUACCUCCAUCCAAGGAAGCAACAAGGCCCGGUUCCGUAGCAGAAAGUGUUAAAGACGAUCACGAUAAGCCAGAAGCUGUAAAGGACGAAAAGUCAACAGAGCCUUCACGACGUGAAUCAGUUGCGGAGAGUACGAAACCAGAAAGCUUGAAGGAUGAAAAGUCUCUACCUGCAUCUAAGGAAACAUCACGGCCCGGUUCCGUAGCAGAAAGUGUUAAAGACGAUCACGAUAAACCAGAAGCUGUAAAGGACGAAAAGUCAACAGAGCCUCCACGACGUGAAUCAGUUGCGGAGAGUGAGAAACCAGAAAGCUUGAAGGAUGAAAAGUCCCUACCUGCAUCUAAGGAAACAUCCCGGCCCGGUUCCGUGGUAGAAAGUGUGAAAGACGAGCACGAUAAACCAGAAAGUGUCAAGGACGAAAAGUCGACAGCGCCUUCACGACGUGAAUCAGUUGCGGAGAGUACGAAACCAGAAAACUUGAAAGAUGAAAAGUCUCUAGCUGCAUCUAAAGAAGCAUCACGGCCAGGUUCCGUAACAGAAAGUGUUAAAGACGAUCACGAUAAACCAGAAGCUGUAAAGGACGAAAAGUCAACAGAGCCUUCACGACGUGAAUCAGUUGCGGAGAGUGCGAAACCAGAAAGCUUGAAGGAUGAAAAGUCCCUACCUGCAUCUAAGGAAGCAUCACGGCCCGGUUCCGUGGUAGAAAGUGUGAAAGACGAGCACGAGAAGCCGGAAAGUGUAGAUGGCGAAAAAUCUACAGACGCUUCACGACGUGAAUCAGUUGCGGAGACUGCGAAACUAGAAAGCUUGAAGGAUGAAAAGCCCCUACCUGCAUCUAAGGAAGCAUCACGGCCCGAUUCCGUGGUAGAAAGUGUGAAAGACGAGCAGGAGAAACCAGAGAGUGUAAAAGACGAAAACUCUACAGAGCCUUCACGACGUGCGUCAGUUGCGGAAAGUGCGAAACCAGAAAGCUUGAAGGAUGAAAAGUCUCCACCUGCAUCUAAGGAAGCAUCACGGCCCGGUUCCGUGGUAGAAAGUGUGAAAGACGAGCACGAUAAACCAGAAAGUGUCAAGGACGAAAAGUCGACAGCGCCUUCACGACGUGAAUCAGUUGCGGAGAGUACGAAACCAGAAAGCUUGAAAGAUGAAAAGUCUCUAGCUGCAUCUAAGGAAGCAUCACGGCCCGGAUCCGUAGCAGAAAGUGUGAAAGAUGAGCACGAGAAAUCAGAGAGUGUAAAAGACGAAAAAUCUGCAGAGCCUUCACGACGUGCGUCAGUUGCGGAAAGUGCGAAACCAGAAAGCUUGAAGGAUGAAAAGUCUUUACCUGCAUCUAAGGAAGCAUCACGGCCCGGUUCCGUAGUCGAAAGUGUGCAAGACGAACAGGAGAAACCAGAAAGUGUAAAGGACGAAAAGUCUACAGCAACUUCACGACGUGAAUCAGUUGCGGAAAGUGCGAAACCAGAAAGCUUGAAGGAUGAAAAGUCUCUACCUGCAUCUAAGGAAGCAUCACGGCCCGGUUCCGUGGUAGAAAGUGUGAAAGACGAGCACGAUAAACCAGAAAGUGUCAAGGACGAAAAGUCGACAGCGCCUUCACGACGUGAAUCAGUUGCGGAGAGUACGAAACCAGAAAGCUUGAAAGAUGAAAAGUCUCUAGCUGCAUCUAAGGAAGCAUCACGGCCCGGUUCCGUAGCAGAAAGCGUGAAAGACGAGCACGAGAAGCCGGAAAGUGUAAAGGACGAAAAAUCCACAGAGCCUUCACGACGUGAUUCAGUUGCGGAGAGUGCGAAACCAGAAAGCUUGAAGGAUGAAAAGUCUCUACCUGCAUCUAAGGAAGCAUCACGGCCCGGUUCCGUAGUCGAAAGUGUGCAAGACGAACAGGAAAAACCAGAAAGUGUAAAGGACGAAAAGUCUACAGAGCCUUCACGACGUGAAUCAGUUGCGGAGAGUACAAAACCAGAAAGCUUGAAGGAUGUAAAGUCUCUACCUGCAUCUAAGGAAGCAUCACGGCCCACUUCCGUAGUAGAAAGUGUGAAAGACGAGCAUGAGAAACCGGAAAAUGUAAAGGACGAAAAGUCUACAGAGCCUUCACGACGUGAAUCAGUUGCGGAGAGUACGAAACCAGAAAGCUUGAAGGAUGAAAAGUCUCUACCUGCAUCGAAGGAAGCAUCACGGCCCGGUUCCGUGGCAGAAACUGUGAAAGACGAUCACGAUAAACCAGAAAGUGUAAAGGACGAAAAGUCUGCAGAGCCUUCACGACGUGAAUCAGUUGCGGAGAGUGUGAAACCAGAAAGCUUGAAGGAUGAAAAGUCUCUACCUGCAUCUAAGGAAGCAUCACGGCCCACUUCCGUAGUAGAAAGUGUGAAAGACGAGCAUGAGAAACCGGAAAGUGUAAAGGACGAAAAGUCUACAGAGCCUUCACGACGUGAAUCAGUUGCGGAGAGUGCGAAACCAGAAAGCUUGAAGGAUGAAAAGUCUCUACCUGCAUCUAAGGAAGCAUCACGGCCCACUUCCGUAGUAGAAAGUGUGAAAGACGAGCAUGAGAAACCGGAAAGUGUAAAGGACGAAAAGUCUACAGAGCCUUCACGACGUGAAUCAGUUGCGGAGAGUACGAAACCAGAAAGCUUGAAGGAUGAAAAGUCUCUACCUGCAUCGAAGGAAGCAUCACGGCCCGGUUCCGUGGCAGAAAGUGUGAAAGACGAUCACGAUAAACCAGAAAGUGUAAAGGACGAAAAGUCUGCAGAGCCUUCACGACGUGAAUCAGUUGCGGAGAGUGUGAAACCGGAAAGCUUGAAGGAUGAAAAGUCUCUACCUGUAUCUAAGGAAGCAUCACGGCCCGGUUCUGUAGUAGAAAGUUUGAAAGACGAACAUGAGAAACCGGAAAGUGUAAAGGACGAAAAGUCUACAGAGCCUUCACGGCGUGAAUCAGUUGCGGAGAGUACGAAACCAGAAAGCUUGAAGGAUGAAAAGUCUUUACCUGCAUCUAAGGAAGCAUCACGGCCCGGUUCCGUAGUAGAAAGUUUGAAAGACGAACAUGAGAAACCGGAAAGUGUAAAGGACGAAAAGUCUACAGAGCCUUCACGACGUGAAUCUGUUGCUGAGAGUACGAAACCAGAAAGCUUGAAGGAUGAAAAGUCUAUACCUGCAUCUAGGGAAGCAUCACGGCCCGGUUCCGUAGUAGAAAGUGUGCAAGACGAACAGGAGAAACCAGAAAGUGUAAAGGACGAAAAGUCUACAGAGCAAUCACGACGUGAAUCAGUUGCGGAGAGUGCGAAACCAGUAAGCCUGAAGGAUGAAAAGUCUCUACCUGCAUCUAAGGAAGCCUCACGGCCCGGUUCCGUAGCAGAAAGUGUGAAAGACGAACACGAGAAACCAGAAAGUGUAAGGGACGAAAAGUCUGCAGAGCCUUCACGACGUGAAUCAGUUGCGGAGAGUGUGAAACCGGAAAGCUUGAAGGACGAGAAGUCUCAACAUGCAUCUAAGGAAGUAUCACGACCCGGUUCCGUAGCAGAAAGUGUAAAAGGUGAGCAAGAGAAGCCAGAAAGUGUUAAAGACGAAAAGUCUGCAGAGCCUUCACGACGUGAGUCAGUUGCGGAGAGUGCGAAACCAGAAAGCUUGAAGGAUGAAAAGUCUCUACCUGCAUCUAAGGAAGCAACACGGCCCGGUUCCGUAGCAGAAAGUGUGAAAGACGAACACGAGAAACCAGAAAGUGUAAGGGACGAAAAGUCUGCAGAGCCUUCACGACGUGAAUCAGUUGCGGAGAGUGUGAAACCGGAAAGCUUGAAGGAUGAGAAGUCUCAACAUGCAUCUAAGGAGGUAUCACGACCCGGUUCCGUAGCAGAAAGUGUAAAAGGUGAGCAAGAGAAGCCAGAAAGUGUUAAAGACGAAAAGUCUGCGGAGCCUUCACGACGUGAAUCAGUUGCGGAGAGUAAGAAACCAGAAAGCUUGAAGGAUGAAAAGUCUCUACCUGCAUCUAAGGAAACAUCACGGCCCGGUUCCGUAGUCGAAAGUGUGCAAGACGAUCACGAUAAACCAGAAGCUGUUAAGGACGAAAAGUCUACAGAGCCUUCACGACCUGAAUCAGUUGCGGAGAGUACGAAACCAGAAAGCUUGAAGGAUGAAAAGUCUCUACCUGCAUCUAAGGAAGCAUCACGGCCCGGUUCCGUAGUCGAAAGUGUGCAAGACGAACAGGAGAAACCAGAAAGUGUAAAGGACGAAAAGUCUACAGAGCCAUCACGACGUGAAUCAGUUGCGGAGAGUGCGAAACCAGUAAGCUUGAAGGAUGAAAAGUCUCUACCUGCAUCUAAGGAAGCCUCACGGCCCGGUUCCGUAGUAGAAAGUGUGAAAGACGAGCACGAGAAACCAGAAAGUGUUAAGGACGAAAAGUCUACAGAGCCUUCACGACGUGAAUCAGUUGCGGAGAGUACGAAACCAGAAAGCUUGAAGGAUGAAAAGUCUCUACCUUCAUCUAAGGAAGCAUCACGGCCCGGUUCCGUAGUCGAAAGUGUGCAAGACGAACAUGAGAAACCAGAAAGUGUAAAGGACGAAAAGUCUACAGAGCCUUCACGACGUGAAUCAGUUGCGGAGAGUGCGAAACCAGAAAGCUUGAAGGAUGAAGAGUCUCAACCUGCAUCUAAGGAAGCAUCACGGCCCAGUUCCGUGGCAGAAAGUGUAAAAGACGAGCGCGAUAAACCAGAAUGUAAAGAGAAGUCAACAGCGCCUUCACGACGUGAAUCAGUUGCGGAGAGUGCGAAACCAGAAAGCGUGAAGGAUGACAGGUCUCUACCUGCAUCCAAGGAAGCAACACGGCCCGGUUCCGUAGCAGAAAGUGUAAAAGGUGAGCAAGAGAAGCCAGACAGUGUUAAAGACGAAAAGUCUGCAGAGCCUUCACGACGUGAGUCAGUUGCGGAGAGUGCCAAACCAGAAACCUUGAAGGAUGAAAAUUCUCUACCUGCAUCCAAGGAAGCAACACGGCCCGGUUCCGUAGCGGAAAGUGUUAAAGACGAUCACGAUAAACCAGAAGCUGUAAAGGACGAAAAGUCAACAGAGCCUUCACGACAUGAAUCAGUUGCGGAGAUUGUGAAACCGGAAAGCUUGAAGGAUGAAAAGUCUUUACCUGCAUCCAAGGAAGCAUCACGGCCCGGUUCCGUAGCAGAAAGUGUAAAAGGUGAGCAAGAGAAGCCAGAAAGUGUUAAAGACGAAAAGUCUGCAGAGCCUUCACGACGUGAGUCAGUUGCGGAGAGUGCCAAACCAGAAAGCUUGAAGGAUGAAAAUUCUCUACCUGCAUCCAAGUUAGCAACACGGCCCGGUUCCGUAGCGGAAAGUGUAAAAGGUGAGCAAGAGAAGCCAGAAAGUGUUAAAGACGAAAAGUCUGCAGAGCCUUCACGACGUGAGUUAGUUGCGGAGAGUGCCAAACCAGAAAGCUUGAAGGAUGAAAAAUCUUUACCUGCAUCUAAGGAAGCAACACGACCUGGUUCCGUAGCAGAAAGUGUACAAGACGAGCACGAGAAACCAGACGAAGCGUCCUUAGAGCCUUCUCGACGUGAAUCAGUUGCGAAGAUUGUGAAACCGGAAAGCUUGAAGGAUGAAAAGUCUUUACCUGCAUCUAAGGAAGCAUCACGGCCCGGUUCCGUAGUAGAAAGUUUGAAAGACGAACAUGAGAAGCCAGAAAGUGUUAAGGACGUAGAGUCUACAGUGCCUUCACGACGUGAAUCAGUUACGGAGAGUACGAAACCAGAAAGCAUAAAGGAUGAAAAGUCUCUACCUGCAUCUAAGGAAGCAACACGACCUGGUUCCGUAGCAGAAAGUGUACAAGACGAGCACGAGAAACCAGACAAAGCGUCCUUAGAGCCUUCUCGACGUGAAUCCGUUGCGGAGAUAAUUAAACCGGAGAGUGUUAACGAUAACAAGUCUCUGCCUGUAUCCAAAGAGGCAUCACGACCUGGUUCAGUAGCCGAAAGUGUAAAAGACGAACAUGUUAAACCAAGGAGUCUGAGGGACGAUAAGUCUGCAGAGCUUUCCCGCCGUGAAUCCGUUUCGGGGAGUAUAAAACCGGAAAGUGUAAAGGAUGACAAGUCUCUUCCAGUCUCCAAGGAAACAUCACGCCCUGGUUCAGUUACCGAAAGUUUGGAAGAUGAACAUGAAAAGCCAGAAAGUGUAAGGGACGAAAAGUCAACCGAGCCUUCUCGACGUGAAUCCGCUGUGGAUAGUAUAAAGCCCGAGAGUUUGGGGAAUGACAAGUCUCUACCUGUCUCCAAGGAAGCAUCACGACCUGGCUCUGUCGCCCAAAGUGUAAAAGAGGAACAUGAAAAAACAGAAAGUUUGAAGGACGAAAAGUCUGAAGAGCAUUCCCGUCGUGAAUCCGUUGCGGAGAGUACAAAACCGGCGAGUUUGAGGGAUGACAUGUCUAUUUCUGUCUCCUCAAAACCUUCACAUUCUGUAGCUGCGGCCGAAGAUAACAUCUUUGACGAACCUUCUCAUCGAGAAUCCAUACCUGAAGGGGAGAAAUAUGCUACCCAAACUGUACCGUCGCCAAUUAAUUUAGACUUUUUGUGUGAGCAUCUCAAAAAAGAUACAUGUUCCCAUAGUCUGGAAUCCAAAGGGGAUUUCCCAACUCUUUCCAGCCCUAUUAAGAUUGCUGAAGGUAAUUUUGCAGUGGCAACUUCUCUGUCCGAGACACUUGAACUAGCCAAGCCGGAGGAGCGCUCUGAUGUUGCUACACCAAAAACUGCAUCCAGCCCUGUAGAUGAAGCCGUAAGCUAUGUUACUGAAAUUAAGAAGUCUGACUUAAAAGAGGGAAGUUUUAAGUCCCCAAUAGCAUCAAAAGAAGUAUCGCGGCCAGGAUCAGUAGUCGAGAGUAUAAAGGACGAUAGUGGAAAGGCAAAAAUAGAGGACCCAUCCUGUCAGAAAUCACCUUUCGAAAGUUCAAUGCCCCUUAGUAUAAAGGAGGAAAUGUAUCUAGCUUUUUCCAACGAUGCAUCACCCGGUACCGUACCACUCAGUGUGAAGGGUCAACCAGAAAAGCCAGAAAGUGUAGAAUCUGUUGCUGAACUUGUACCUGAACUUGAUAAGGGUGACAAGUUUAAAGAACCUUCCCACCUCGAAUCAGCAUCCGACAGCAAGUCCUUACCAGCUUCUAAAGACGCUUCGCGACCCCCAUCGGUUGCAGAGAGUGUGAAGGGUGAAACUGACGAUAGAGAAUCUGUUGCGGAAACAACAACGUCAGAGACUCUGAAGGGUGAUAAGUCUUUGCCAGCCUCUAAAGAAGUAUCACGUCCCGGAUCUGUGGUAGAAACUGUGAAAGAUGAAUCGGAAAAACCUAAAUCUGUUAAGGACGAUAACCUAAAAGAUAAGGAACCAUCGCGUCCAGCAUCAUUAAUUGAGAGUGCGAAGUCAAAUGAACCUUAUCGUCCUGCGUCCGUAACAGAAACGGCUUCGUCACCUAUUGACGAAGCCUCAAGGGAACCCAUUUUGGUAGCCCUCUCAUCUGCUGAAAUCAAAGGAAAUUACCCUACAGUAUCCAGUCCUGUCGAUGUUGCCUUAGGCGAAUUUUCUCAUACAAUGUCAGGGGCAAUCGAACUAGACAAGCCUGCCGAGCACACCACCGUUGGAGCUAUACUUACUGCUUCUAGUCCUGUGGAUGAGGCAGCUAAAAUUUUCGCAUCAAUUGAAACCAUUGAAGAACAUAUCACUUCCCAGGCAGUUCCUAGUAAAUUGGACGAAAUCAGCUCGUUCUGCGAAGAUAAACUGCAAUCGCUUACCGAGCCGCUAAGCCAAAAAGCAGAAACUGUAAUUGAUACAGUAAGCCAUAAACUGGAAAGCGCUAAAGAUUUUGUAGUGGAGUCCUUGGAGCAAAUAACAACGGAAAGUUCAAAAUCUUUAACGGACAUUGAAGCUCUUAAGGAUUCAAAGGUCAUUGAGAUUUCCAAAACAGCAACUAUCGCGGAAGAGAAACAGCACGAAGUUAUUGAAAAAGUGUUGUCGACUUCGGAGGUAUUAUCUCAAAAGUUGGCUCAGGCAAGUUCAAUUAUAGAACCUGCCACCGAUAUGCCUGAAGAUGCCAGUGCCAAAGGCAACCUUGACUUGAGUGGUUUUUCAGAGCUUCGUGAAACACACAUUACCACAGUGGAUUCACCCGAAUUUAAAGUCACUAUUUGCGAACGUGAUGAGAGUAUUCUGCAUGAUAUAAAAGAAGAGGACGAGGAGCAUAGAUUUUCGCCACCGACCGAAAAGGGAGCUUUGCUACCACAGCAACCAAUGCGUCCCCUCUCGCCACGUGAAGAAGAGGUUGCCAAGAUUGUUGCCAAUGUAGCCAAGGUUUUGAAGUCAGAUAAAGCUAUUACAGAUAUAAUACCUGGGUUCAAUGAGGAGCAAUUGGAGGAAAAACUCAAAACUACAGCUGAAAUUGAAGUGGUGGAUUUACAGAAAACGACUUUACCUGAACCUCUAUCGGGUAAAAUAACUCCAACAGCGGAUCUUGCCUUAGAUGAAAAGAUAUUAGAUAUGAAAAUGAUGAAAGUAGAUAUUGAAUCAGAAAAGUCAUCACCAGAUCAAAAGUCUGGGCCCAUUUCAAUUGAAGAGAAGGACAAAAUUGAGCAGUCUGAAAAGGCACAACUGCAAGAAGGAGCUGCAAAAGUUGCUAUCUUUGAAGUAGCUAAGGAUAGUUCCAGGCCAGAAUCAGCUACAAGCCAGUCGGGACCUCUAGAAUCAUUACCAUCUCACCCCGAGUCCGUAGCAAGCCAAAAAGGGGAGGAAAAACCGGAGCAUUCCUUAGAUUUGUCAAGGGAAAUAUCACGGCCUGUAUCAGUGGCCAGUUUAAAAGAGGAAUCCGAGCACAAAGAUGAAAGUUCCACAACUCCAGCAAAAGACAUUGCCAGACACGAGUCGAUUGCAAGCCAUAUAAGUGAAAAGGAAGCCGGCAGCAUUGAGUCUGACUCUAGACGCGAAUCAAUAUCAGUAGCUGGAUCGGCAAAACUAGAUGUUUCCGCCACAGCAUCUAAAGAUGUAACUCGUCCAGGAUCCGCUGCCAGUCAGGCCAGUGAAAAGACCAAGGAAUGCCCCCGCCCGGAAUCAGUAGAGGGGGAGCCAAUAUCUUCGCGACCAGCAUCAGGUGCUAGUCGUAUCAGCACCAAGGAUGAAGAGACUUCCGACUCCCAGCGCGAUUCAAAUCUGGUCUCGAUAAUGGAAAGCAAAAAGGAAGAGAAAUCGAGCGAAUCAACAACCACCUCCAAGUCAGUUAUAAAUGAAAUGAAUCUAAAAGAAGAAUCUAUGAGCGAAUCCCUAAGUAGCAGCAUGAAGGUGGAGGACAGCUCGAGACGGGAGUCUCUAUCAAGCUUGCUGACCGAUAAAGAAACCACCAAAUCUGCAAGCACUAGCGUCAAGGAGGAAAAUGAACGUAUUACAAAGAUUAUGGAGAAGACAACAGCUUCAGAAGUGGAGGAGCUGCUCAUUCAAUCCGAAGAAUGCUCCUCGGAGUCUAUAGUCAGUGAGAUUCAAACUUCGAGCACCCAAAAGUCAAGUGGUCAAAGCACAAGCAAGGAAACCACAAGCACCUCUGUUCAGGAGUCAGUCAAGGACAGCCUCAAGGAAACGGUAGCAGAAUUCUUGGCUACAGAGAAAAUAAUUGCCGCCAAAGAAACAUUCAGCGCUGAGGCCACCAAAACAACUGAUGAGUGUCUGAAGAAGAUAUCCAGUGUAACCUCAUCUCAGAAGCCUUUGUUUGUUGGCACAGACGAAUCCCGGCGUGAAUCGAUGCUCAGUCAGACCAGCGAGGGUCGGCAAACGCACAGCGACCCCGAGGAGGAUAGUGAUGAUGAUGGACACGCCAGUCUAAAAGAGGCUCGUUCCAAGUCCAUUGCCACCAUCAUGAUGACCAGCAUCUACAAGCCCUCCGAGGAGCUUGACACGAUUGACGCCCUUAAAGAAGACGAGCAUGAAGAUCAGGAGGAGCUUAAACAGGAUGAUCACGACAAGGCACCCAAGGAGACAAAAUCGACUACUUCCCUUACAGACACAACCACUAAAACAACCACACUACUGCAAUCCAGCGAACAGAUCAGCAGCACCACCAUGAAAACUAGCUCGACAGACUUAAAGACAAAAGUCGAGUCCAUUACACUGUCACAAACACAAACACAAGGUGAGCAAGCAGUUGACAGCACAGAUCGCAAGACACCGCCAACAGCACCGGUCAGUCCCAGCGUUAAGCCGGUGAGCACCACAAGCACCACAAGCACCACAAGCACCACAAGCAUCACAAGCACCGCGGCCACGGGCUCUAGUUGCGCCAAGAGCGAAUCUAGCGCUGCCAGUAUAGCAUCAACAUCGGGCCCAUUGUCGCCCAAAGACAUUAGUGGUAAGUCUAGUCCUGGUGCAUUAACAUCUGAAAGUCAAUCCAUACCAACACCGUUAGGGCGUGAGUCGCACACCGAGACGCCAGAGUCAUCUCCCAAGCCCACUUCUCCUUUCCCGCGGGUCAGCAAGGACGAGCUGAAGUCCUUAGGUGUAACAGCGGAGCCCGAUGCAAGUGAGAUCAGCGCCGACUCCAGUGAUCUGCUCCCCGAGCUGCACGAGUUGCGCGGCAUUGAGAGCACCACAGCGCUCAGCGGAAGCACUGAAAAGAUCAUAACGACAACCAUAACGACAGUUACCAAGGUCAUCUCUGCCGAUGGCAAGGAGAUUGUGACUGAACAAAAGACAGUCACCACAACCGACAGCUCAGAGCCAGACAGCGAGAAAGUGGUGGUCACCACCACUCGCACAACCAGCGAAAGCGAGAAAAGCGAACGCGAUCAAAUCCUGCCCAAGGAAGUAGCCAUGCUACGCGGCAUUUAUCGCUCCAGCACGCCCGGCAGUGAUGAUGAACGUUUGGCUGGUGCCAUGAGUGACGAUGAGCUGCCUGGCACGCCACGUAGCGCUAGCUACGAUCUGCAGCACUCCAGCUCUGGCAUAAGCAAGCGCUCUGAUCUCGAUGGCGAUGACAGCCAAGAUGAUAUACCGCCGCAGUACGGUAGCGAAGAGCAUUCCACUGCGCGCGCCAUUCUGCAGCCCCGCGCAGCCGAUCCCAUGGCAACCUCCUUUUAUGGCGCACUUCCCGAUAGCUUUGAUGCCAAGCCCAGCACUGAGCCAAUACCUAUACGGGGUGCCAUACUGAUGACCUACACUGACUCACCACCAGCCAGCCAGUCAUCCGAGAGUGUGGAGAGCACCAGCCAAACCUGGGCCGGACACAAGUUCCUGGAUGAGGCCGACAAGGACUUCCAAAAGGCACUCGAGGAGCACGUACAGGCUCGCGGCGCCGAAGUAAUGUCUUCCGUGACCGCCAAGUAUUCCUACUCACCAUCCAAGGCCGAGGAGGUCGAGCAGAUUGUCAGCGGCACUGCCGAGCGACAGCGCUUCCCCCUCAGUGAUGUCCAGAAGGUACGCAGCGGCGACAAUCUCUUGGUGAGCUUCGGCACUUCAAGCCCCUCUGUUGGCGGUGCAUCUGCCAGCACUGCAACCACCACUGGCGCUGACAGCAGCAGCGCAGUGACAACAGCAACAGCAACAGCAGCAACAACAACAACAACCGCAGCAACUGCAACAACAACUAGCACAAGCAGCACAACCGGCACCCUGCCAAAGGAUCGUCUUGAGGAGUGGGGCAAGCCACUCGGCCUGCCAUCACCGGCACCAUUGCCGGUCGAAGGCACCGAUAUACGCACCACGCCCAAGAAGGAGCGUCGCUUGGUGGCCACCAAGACGCGUCUGAACAAUGAAAAGAAUCUCCGCAAGCGUAGCGAAUCACCCAACAAGGCGAAGAAGCCCGCACCUGUCUAUGUGGAUCUUACCUACGUGCCGCACAAUGGCAACUCCUACUAUGCACACGUCGACUUCUUCAAGCGUGUCCGUGCUCGCUACUAUGUCUUCUCUGGCACCGAGCCCAGCCGUCAGGUCUACGAUGCCCUACUGGAGGCCAAACAAACCUGGGAAGACAAGGAGCUAGAGGUAACCAUUAUACCAACAUAUGAUACCGACGUGUUGGGCUACUGGGUAGCCGAGAAUGAGGAGCUGCUUGCCAAGCACCGCAUUGAUCUGUCACCAUCUGCUUCGCGUUGCACAAUUAACUUGCAGGAUCAUGAGACCUCGUGCUCCGCAUAUCGCUUAGAGUUCUAGGCCACGGGCUUGUUUAUUGCAUUUGACGAUGACGACUAAAAUCUACAAAAAACAAAAAAAAAAAAAAACAAUUAUUUCAAAUAUCUUAUACCACACUGACAGCGAUUUGAGUGCGUCCCCCUUGUAAACCUUAAUGGGGCUAACAACAGCAAUCAACACACACACACACACACAGACACACACUCACACAAGACGACUUUCAAUUUUUGAGCUUAACGAUGACGACACAAAUUUCAAAAACAUACAAGAAACACACAACGAAAAUGACAAAAACACAAAUUGCGACUAAAGCUGGAAACAAAACUUGACACGAAAAAAAGAAACAACAAAAUGCAAUACGCAAAAUGCCGUGCGCCAACGAAAAGCUAAGAAAAAACACUUUCGGAAAUGAAGAACAAACAAAAAGCUGAAUAUGGCGGAGUAACGGGUCAUCUUGGAUGACGCCAUUUUGUUUGCCAAUGCCGUCUAUUUAUGCUUUUUGUUAAUUUUUUUCCAAAUGCAGUAAGCAAGGUAAUUAAUAUACAUUAAUUUUCAACAAUUAAUUACCGAACAAUGCAAAAAAAAAAAAAAAAACACUAACAUUAAACUUUCCAAAGAAGCGCUACGUGCCAGAAAAAAAUAUAUACAAAGACAAACGUAAAAUCCCAUAAAUAUAUAUAAUGUUUAUGUAUUUGUUGCUUUCAUUAAACGUCAAGCUACCUUGCAUAGUAAUCCAAAGAUCAAAAUUGUUUUCAAAACCGCAUAGCAAAAAUAUACAAAAGGAAAUUAUACAAAAAGAA